UUGUAUUCGAUAUCUUGUCUGGCUUGUUUAGUUAUAUCUUUCAUCCUUGACUGUUAAACGGAUGGCCAACUUGGUUCUGAUGGAGAUAACUCCGCUGUUCCCUGCUUAGUGAAGCAGUUUCUCAAGUCAGAAACAACGACUACUAAUUCGUCACUAAAGAUUUGUUCUAUCAAAGCUGGAGGAAUGACAUCUUUAGCGAUUGAUAAUAUAGGCGGUCUUUGGAUAUGGGGAAACUAUCCACAGCAAAGCAACGAAGGGGGUUUGUCUUUCGUGAGCACUUUCGCUCCAAGUCCUGUAAAGGAUUUACUUGGCUAUACAGUUAUGAAGGUAGCAUGUGGAACCGAGCAUAUUGUGGCGCUAGUUAGUACCGAGAAAAUUCUAUGUUACUCUUGGGGUGGCAACAAACACGGGCAAUUAGGCCUCGGGGACACACAGAGCAGGCAUUGCCCUGAAAUUGUUGAAACGUUUAACCAGGAUUCCCCUUGGGAAAUUUAUGAGGUGGCAUGUGGGUCAUUGCACACAGCUUUGCUUGCUCGGAAGAAGGCACCACCACCAAGUGACACACAUGAAAGUACAUGUUGGACGUUUGGGCUCGGUGAAAAUGGUCAGCUCGGGCAUGGAACCACAAAAAAUGCCAUGUCUCCUCAACAAGUGAAUGGCUUACCUGAUUCUGUGUCUCUAAUCUCUGUUGAUUGUGGUUUGUUCCAUACGAGUGUUCUUUCAUCUUCGGGAGAAGCAUGGUCGUGGGGAAUGGAAAGGGGUCUUGGCCUGUGCCCCGGUGCAAGAGUAAGUGCGGUUUCAGGGGAUGCUGUUUCGCCUUUACUGAUUUCAUGUAGCGAACAAAAUGCUAAAUUUGACAAGCCAGUUCAAGUUGCUUGUGGAGCAGCUCACACUGUUCUCGUCGCAAAAGAUGGAUACGAAAUGUGGUCUUGGGGGAGGGGAAGAAGUGGGGUUCUCGGGAAUGGAAAAACAGACGAUUGUCUCACACCAACGCGGGUGUUGUGGCCUGAAGUAACCGAGGAUGACAAGCAAGUGGAAACAAAAGCCAAUGAUAGUGAAGAAACCAAAACCGAAGAAAAAGAUUCCAAACAAGAUGAAAACUUGGAGAAGAUGAAGGUUCUCGAGUCGAGACUUUCAGCAAUGGAACAGUAUGCUAGCAUACUUCAUGGCUCAAUUUUCGGGAAACCCUUUGAAGAGAAAGAAAUCCCAAUGUCAUUGCAGAACUCGGGGACUUUCGACGUUGCAAAGGAAUGGGAGACGAUGUUAGAGUCAGCAGACCAAGGCAGGCUUGUUAGAUUAGAGAUGUUUUAUCGAAACAUGCUUUCGGGUGUUAAGGAUAAGCUGAUGAAGAAAAGGAUCCAAGAAGUUAUGAAGGAAUGUCUCAAUCCUUUUUCAUCCAAGUGAAACAAAUAGAUGUUAGAAAGAGUGCAUUGUGUUGUGUUCCAAACUAAAAAGUGUUUUGGGGGGUUUUUGGGUGAUUUUAUUAUGAAUAAAAGUGGAUUUGUAAGGUAAUUUGAAUAGCAAUUUGUAAUAAUAAUAAUUUUAUAUUU